AUGCAAACCUUCAGUGCCUUACUUCUCGCCUUCAGUGCGGCCACAUACGCUGCUUCUGUUGACACAACUGGCCAAAACCAAAUUGCUCUGUGGGUCCCAAAUCCGUGUGACAAGCUUUGGGAUCUGUCAAACGAUCUACGCCAGUCCUUUAUCAAACUCCAGAAGGACAAGGUUUCUGAUCUCAACGUGAUCACGGCCUAUGUCACGUACACUGUGUCCAAGCACGACGGUGAAUCAUGCUGCAAUACCAACAACAAACACGCUGUCAUCGACAACAAACACCGCUGCUACAUCAACGGCAACCGUGCCGUCAUCAACAACGAAUGCCGCUGUUACAUCAACGCCAAUCGAUACCGCCCAGACCCGGUCGACAACAUCCUCUACACCAGGCUCCACGUCUACGAAUACAAACACAGCAUCUGCAACGUCAGUGACCUCCCAUAA